AUGGCGGAGUUGAAGGAACAGUUGAACGAAUUGAUGGAAAAGGGGUUCAUACGCCCUAGCGUGUCGCCUUGGGGAGCCAGUGUUGUGACAAUAAAAAAUCGGUACCCGUUGCCGAGAAUUAAUGAGCUGCUAGAUCAACUUCAAGGAGCUAAGUGGUUCUCGAAGAUCGAUCUGCGAUCUGGAUACCACCAAAUUCAGGUUAAGGCUGAGAACAUACAGAAGACAACAUUUCGAACUCGAUAUGGGCACUUUGAAUUUGUGGUCAUGCAAUUUGGACUCACGAAUGCCCCCACAGUAUUUAUGCAGCUGAUGAAUCGUCUCUUCAUGGAUUAUCUAGACGAGUUUGUCAUCAUAUUCAUCGAUGACAUUCUUAUCUAUUCGCCAGAUCUCCAGACUCAUGAGGAGCACUUGUGGAAAACACUGUGGAGAUUAAGAGAGAACAAGUUGUAUGCGAAGUUCAGCAAGUGCAACUUCUGGUUACAGGAGAUUGGAUUUCUAGGUCAUGUGGUAUCCGCUCAGGGAAUCCAGGUAGAUCCAGCUAAGAUCGAGGCAGUCAUGGAUUGA